AUGCAUUGGAGAGAGCCACGCAGUCUCGCUCUUCUGGUUCUUGGAGCAUUGGCAGCCUCCACAGCCGCAGAAAAUCCCGAGCCAAUCUGGUUGGGAGAUUGGAAAGAGCAACAAAAGGUUUUGGGCUCCGAUAGCUUCGCCGCGUGCGAAGUCAGCCAUGUUACCGCGUACGAAAUCUCCAAGGGCCGGAAGCCAGUCGCCUUCUCCACCAGCCCGACAGACGACCCCGAGCUGCCAAGAAUCGUCCCGAUGAAUGAGACGGCGGGCGAGCAGUGGGAGUUUGAUGCGGUCUCGGAAGACGGCUUGUCCGGCAUCAUUUUUGGCUUCUACCGCGAUCCAAACUACUCGGUCCUCGGCGCCGGCAACUUGCGCAUGUACGUCGAGCUUGCCCACCCCAACGGCGAGCGCUUCGUGCAGAUUGAUUACCCUACGGAAUCCACGAUUGAAUCGUGCCCGGGUGUCGGCUGGCGCGGCGAGUGGAAGGGCGACGGCUACGUCUACAGCUGGGACGUGUCUGCCGAUUUGCGCAAGGCUCGGGUUACGUGGGACACGCCCAAGACCAAGGGCACCGUCGACUUCAACUCCAUCGCGCCGCCGCGCUACGCCGACGGGUCGACGUGGCCGUCCAAGGAUGCCUCCCUGCUCACCGUGCCGCACUUUUACUGGUUUGAGCCUAUCCCGGUAGCCGACGUCACGGUCGACGCCGUCUUUGACGGAAAACCAGUCAAGUGGUCCGGCAGUGGCGGGCACGAGCGACUCUGGGGUGCAUUCAACUGGUUCACCUGCUUGGAUUCCAUGACGUUUGUGCGCCUCAAGGCCGGUCCCUAUGCUUUGUCAUUUUGGGAGUUUGAAUCGUGGCUGGAAAAGGGCCUACGAGUGCCAGCAGUGGUACUGGCCGAAGACGGAGAGCAGAUUUUUGACAGCCGGCGUACGGAACCAUCCGACACGGAGGACUACUUUUCCUGGCAAAAGGUCUACGACAAGGAAGGAGUCUCGGGUACACUCAAGGACAAGGCUACCGGGUUUGUUCUGGAUCUUAAUUCGCCAACUCGUGGAAAGCAAUGGACUUUUAUCGUUACCCACAAGAAUAUCUACUUCGAGUACUUUCUUGGCGAAGGCGUUGGAGGGACAGGAUACACGGCGACCGUGGUCGGAGGUCAGGUUGGUACGCAGAGACAGUGGUCUGGCUCUGGGGUGACGGAGACUCUCAAAUUGCCUGUGAAGAGCAUGGUGUUGAAAAGGAACUUUGUGGAAUAG